AUGAGCAAAUCAAUCGUCCUGAUCACGGGCGGUAACAGCGGUCUGGGCCUUGACGCCGUCCUGCAAUUGGCGGCGACGGGCAAAUACCACGUUAUCAUCGGAAGCCGUUCUCUUUCGAAUGCCGAGGCAGCAAUUGAGGAGAUCGCCAAAGAUGAGAGUUUGAAAUUCGAUCGUGCCGACGUUGAGGCUGUCCAGAUCGAUGUCACAUCUGAUGAGUCCAUCGCCGCGGCUGCAAAGACCAUCGAGGAGAAGCAUGGCUAUCUGGACAUACUCAUGCUGAACGCUGGUGUUGCUUAUCAACAAGAGGCUACCACAGAUGGCAGUACUCCGCCUCUCCGAGAACUAUACAAAUCCCAUUUCGACACCAACCUGUUCGGCGCUGUCGUAGCUGUGGACACAUUCCUGCCAAUACUCCGGAAAUCCAAAGGUCCCGUUGGUAAGCGCAUUGCAUUCACCUCGUCUGGCCUAGCCUCUCUUCAAUGGGGUCAGGAUGGUGGUCCCAAUGGUGUGUAUCAUGCGGAUCGAUGGAUCAUCUACAGAUCUACGAAGACGGCCAUGAGUAUGGUUGUGCAACAUUAUGCUGCUGUGCUUGAAAAGGAGGGUUUCGUCGUCUCAUCAUCAGAUCCAGGCUAUUGUGCGACGAAGAUCAACAAUUACAACGGUUACAAAAGUGCGCGCGACGGAGCCAAGGAGUUGGUGAAAGCCGCCAUUGGUCCCAAGGAAGAAAUUCACGGGCGUACGAUUGGCGAGUAUGGAGUCAUGCCAUGGUAAAUAUUCAGGCACACGCCGAAAAUGACGACUGUAUCACACAAAUACUCCCUAGUCGGAAGCUCCCUCGAUGUCUUCCCAAGCUAAACCUGCCUUGAGCGCGGCCGUCAACUUUUCGCCAAUGAUUUUCAACCCAUACUGAUAGCUCGAAUUCGUCCAUCCAAAUCUAUGCAGGCAAAAAUCAGCUUCAAAUUCUCUCAUGCGUGGGGAGAACACAACGUACCCUUCAAUAUUGACCCCAUCAAAUUUACUCCCCUGGUUCCCAUACUCCGUC